CUGAUGCAUAAUUUUAAUCGAAAAUCCUCGCCGUUAACCCAAUUAUAAUAUAUAUGAUUUUAAACUAAUGAAGUGAUCAGAUAUUAUGAAACGAAAGACAUAAUUCUAACAAACCACAAUAUUCCUCAAUAAUUUUUUUUACUCCGUAAAUGACAAGGAUGGACACUAAUUUCACAACAAGAAAGGCUUAGUAAAAACUAAGGUAAAAAAGAUUGAUUUAAAAAAAAAUGGCAAGGAAAAAUUCUAAAAGUCAGCAACCUGCUUACUUUGACAUUGUCUGCAAGAAAAAGAACCCAACAUGGGAACAGCUCAACAUCAUCUUAAUACAACAAAACCACCCUCAAAAAAAUGAGAACUAAUCAACUAAAUUAGUUGCCUAUCUUACCUCUUUCUCUCUCCUCCCCCCUCUUUUUUGUACAGAUCAAAGAGGAUGGCAUUCCUAACUAAGACAUCCCAUUUCUUUCAUACCUUCAUUCUCUUCUUUCUGUGCCUUAAUUCUUUCAUUCAUCAUUCCUUCUGUCAACAAAAUAUCGAAACCUUCUAUCCUUCAGCAUUAGAACCAGCAUCAGCACCAGCACCAGCAGUAAUUCCUCCUAGUAGUCCCGCGGUUCUACCGUCUCCACCAACACAGCCUACGCCUCUGCUGCCACCCCCACCGGAUACGACAGGGCCUCCGCCAUCACGAUCAACGUCUCAUAAGGCAAUAUACACGGCUGUUGGGGUGACAGCUGCAAGCACUCUGGUGGUGGCUGCAGCACUCUUUUUCUUCUGCACUAAGUAUACUCAACGGAAGAAGGAGAAUGGUGGUCAGGUGCAGACUGUUGGAGCGAUUGCUGCUUCGGGUGGAGGAGCUGGAGGUGGUGGUGGAGGAGGGAGGUUGCAGCCGUUGCAGCACACAGAGUUUACGAGGUUUGAUGGGAAUAUCAAAGGGCUAAUAGUUGAUGAAGAUGGUUUGGAUGUUCUGUAUUGGCGGAAGCUUGAAGGGAGCCAAAGGAAGAGCGGACCUUUUCAUAAGGAUGUGUUUAACAAAGGAAGCAAUGGAAGGAGGACGUAUUCUCGAGGCAAAUCAUCGUCUUCUUACAACCAAAUACAUCCUAAGGAAGAGCAAUCAGCUAGACUGCUUGGUCCUCCUAAACAACUCGAAAACGAAACAACCUUUCAGUCUGUUGGAAGAGCAGAGGAGGCAGAAAAAGUGGUUGUUGCAAAGGAAGAAAUCAGUAGAGUUCCGUCUUUACCUCCCCUUCCAUCAUCCAAUUCAUCCAAGGCAGGAUCGACACCACCACCACCGCCACCGCCACCAAUGGCAGUCAAGAAAGGACCUGCUCCACCGCCACCAAUGGCGGCCAAAAAAGGUCCGGCUCCACCACCUCCACCGCUCAAGAUGGGUGGAUCACUAAAACCACCAGCACCACCAAAGCGGACACCAAGUGGAAAUAUUCGAGAAGCAUCUGCCAUUGGGGAAGAGGUGUCAGACAGCAAGAAUGAUCAGGUCAAACUGAAGCCAUUGCAUUGGGAAAAAGUCAACGUUAAUACUGAUCAUUCCAUGGUGUGGGACAAAAUUGAACGCGGUUCAUUCCAAUACAACGGUGAUAUGAUGGAAGCUCUCUUUGGUUGUGUUGCGACAAACCGUAAAUCCCCCAAGGGGGAUGCUACAGUUCAAGGUAUUGCGAGUCCAAAUGCAGCAGCAAAGAUUUUCAUUCUGGAUGCACGGCGUUCCCAGAACAUAGCUAUUGUAAUUCGGUCAUUGGGCAUCACUCGCAAUGAGUUGAUUGCAGGGCUCCAAGAAGGAAAAGGGCUGAAUGUAGAUAUACUUGAAAAACUGACCAGAAUAACUCCUACACGAGAAGAGAAGAUUCAAAUCCUCGCAUUUGAGGGAGAUGCCGGAAGGCUUGCUGAUGCAGAAUCCUUCCUUUAUCAUCUGCUCAAGGCUGUUCCCUCAUCCUUUACUCGAGUUAGCACCAUGCUCUUUAGGUUCAAUUAUGGCUCAGAAGUCCAUCAACUGAAGGAAUCACUCCAAACACUUGACUCCGCUUGCACUGAGCUUCGAAAUCGUGGAGUAUUUUUGAAACUUUUGGAAGCAAUAUUAAAAGCAGGGAAUCGGCUAAAUGCUGGGACUGCAAGAGGGGAUGCAAAGGCUUUUAACCUUACAGCUUUACGAAAGCUCUCUGAUUACAAAAGCAGUGAUGGGAAGACCACUCUACUGCACUUUGUGGUUCAUGAGGUUGUCAGAAAUGAAGGGAGACGGUGUGUUAUGAACAGGAACAACAGCUUAUCUAGAACAAACAGUCAGAAAAACUCAAGUUCAAACCUAAAGCCGGAGGAAUCAAAGUCAAAAGAGGAGCAAGAGAAGGAGUUCUUACAGCUAGGACUACCUGUUGUAGGUGGCUUGAGUUCCGAGUUCUCAAAUGUAAAGAAAGCAGCCACCCUUGACUAUGAUACCAUAUCAAGCAUCAGUACUUCUGUGGGAGCUCGUAUUGCUGAAACCCGGCAACUUGUGCUGCAGUGUGGUGCUGAUAAUGAGGGACGAGAUUUCAUUGCAGAGAUGAAAGAGUUCCUGGCAGCAGCAGAAGGAGAAAUAAAGGUUGUUCAAGAAGAGCAGACGAGGGUGAUGGAAUUUGUAACAAAAACAGCACAGUACUACCAAGCAGGCGGUUUCAAAGACAAACAGCCACUACUGCUAUUUGUCAUAGUAAAGGAUUUCCUGAAUACAGUUGAUCAAGCCUGUAUAGAUAUUGCUAGGAGUUUGCAACAUAAGAAAUCACAUACAUCUAGCGCCAGCUCCUCAUCAUCAUCAACUCCUUCAUCACCCCCAAGCCCAGAUAUUUUAAGGACCCGUGUGACAUUCCCAAGGUUACCAAGACAUUUCUUGUCAGACAAAUCGAGUGGAAGUGACACAGAUGAUAAUAGCUGAUAAUUACAAGUUCAAGUCUCACAAGGUUGCAGACUUUACGUGAUGUAAAUACAGGACGAGGAAAGUACACAAGGUCCUUUUUCUUCAUUCAAUUUGAAAGGAAAAAAAAACAGAUUGAAAAUAUAGAGUGAUUCUGGCUUUUUUCUUUAAUUUUUUGGACCGGAAAUGAGUGAUCAUUAUACUGUAAUGUGAUUAUAUUCUCAACACAACCACCCCCUUCCCCCCUCCCAACCCAUUCAAGAUACGGAACGAAGAAAUUACUCUUAGAACUCUUAAUCUUUAAUUGCACAAAGAAAAAGAAUCAUUAGAUUGCCCAGCACUUUAGGAUAUGUAUUCACAAAGAGUUCUAAUUAUCAAAUAAGUAUUGUGCUUGUUCAGGGAACAUGAGAUUGCAGUUGCCAAAAAAACAUAUUUCCUAUAUGUCAUGCUAUUGUACAUAAGUGAGGUAGCUGGGAACCUGUACCAAUUCAACACCAAAAUAUGGUUUCAUUUUGAACAGAAUGUCCUGAUUCUGAAAAUUUGAAGUCAUAAGCAGUUUAUUGUGUAUAUUUGAGACUUCAGGAAACAUAUUAUGGAGAAUUUGUCACCUA